CCUCCCUCCGCGCCUCUCUAUGGCGGCAGGGGCGCGGCCGCUCUAGGCGGGGGAGGGAUCAUUCUCGCGAGUCCUCCCGGUUCCUUCCGCUCCGCUUCCGGUUCCGCCGCCGCCGCCCCCACAGCGGUGUGUCCAUCCCGGCGCCGUGUUUUAAGGAGCUGGAACCAUGACGGAUUCCAAAUACUUCACGACCAAUAAAAAAGGAGAGAUUUUUGAACUGAAGGCCGAACUCAAUAAUGAAAAGAAAGAGAAGAGGAAAGAAGCUGUGAAGAAGGUUAUUGCAGCCAUGACUGUGGGGAAGGAUGUCAGCUCACUCUUUCCUGAUGUUGUGAACUGCAUGCAGACCGACAACCUGGAGCUGAAGAAGCUGGUCUACCUGUACCUGAUGAACUAUGCCAAGAGUCAGCCAGAUAUGGCCAUUAUGGCUGUCAACAGCUUUGUGAAGGACUGUGAAGACCCAAACCCUCUAAUCCGUGCUCUGGCGGUCCGUACGAUGGGAUGCAUCAGGGUGGACAAGAUCACGGAGUAUUUGUGUGAGCCUCUGCGCAAGUGUUUGAAGGAUGAAGACCCUUAUGUACGAAAGACCGCAGCCGUCUGUGUGGCCAAGCUGCAUGACAUCAAUGCCCAGAUGGUGGAGGAUCAGGGAUUUCUGGAUUCCCUGCGCGACCUGAUUGCAGAUUCCAAUCCCAUGGUGGUGGCGAACGCUGUGGCUGCCCUGUCAGAAAUCAGUGAAUCGCAUCCCAACAGCAACCUGCUGGAUUUGAACCCUCAGAACAUUAACAAGCUGCUGACGGCUUUAAACGAGUGCACGGAGUGGGGCCAGAUCUUCAUCCUGGACUGCCUGUCCAACUACAACCCCAAGGAUGAUCGCGAAGCCCAGAGUAUUUGUGAACGGGUGACCCCUCGGCUGUCUCACGCCAACUCAGCAGUGGUGCUGUCAGCGGUGAAAGUCUUGAUGAAGUUCCUGGAACUUCUUCCCAAGGACUCUGACUACUACAACAUGCUGCUGAAGAAACUUGCCCCUCCGCUGGUGACCCUGCUGUCUGGAGAGCCCGAGGUUCAGUACGUUGCCCUGAGGAACAUCAACUUGAUUGUGCAGAAAAGGCCUGAAAUCCUGAAGCAGGAAAUCAAAGUGUUCUUUGUGAAGUACAAUGACCCCAUCUAUGUCAAACUGGAGAAACUGGACAUCAUGAUCCGCCUGGCUUCUCAGGCAAACAUUGCCCAGGUCCUGGCGGAGCUCAAGGAAUACGCGACUGAGGUGGACGUUGACUUUGUGCGCAAGGCUGUCCGAGCAAUUGGGCGAUGUGCCAUCAAGGUCGAGCAAUCCGCAGAGCGCUGCGUGAGCACACUGCUGGACCUCAUCCAGACCAAGGUCAACUAUGUGGUCCAGGAGGCCAUUGUUGUCAUCAGGGACAUCUUCCGCAAGUACCCCAACAAGUAUGAAAGCAUCAUUGCCACCCUGUGUGAGAACCUCGAUUCCCUGGAUGAACCAGAUGCCAGAGCUGCCAUGAUCUGGAUAGUGGGUGAAUAUGCAGAAAGAAUUGACAAUGCAGAUGAGCUGUUGGAGAGCUUUUUGGAGGGCUUCCAUGAUGAAAGUACUCAGGUGCAGCUCACCCUGCUGACUGCUAUAGUGAAGCUGUUCUUAAAAAAGCCUUCUGAAACACAGGAGCUGGUUCAGCAGGUCCUCAGCCUGGCCACACAGGAUUCUGACAACCCCGACCUGCGGGAUCGUGGCUACAUCUACUGGCGCCUUCUUUCCACGGAUCCAGUGACUGCCAAAGAAGUGGUGCUCUCAGAAAAGCCGCUUAUUUCUGAAGAGACCGAUCUGAUUGAACCGACUCUGCUAGAUGAGUUGAUCUGCCACAUUGGGUCUCUGGCUUCUGUGUACCACAAACCACCCAACGCUUUUGUGGAGGGGAGCCAUGGGAUCCACCGCAAACACUUGCCAAUUCACCAUGGGAGCACUGAUGCAGGCGACAGCCCCGUGGGCACAACGGCCACCACAAACCUGGAGCAGCCGCAGGUCAUCCCAUCGCAGGGCGACCUUCUGGGUGACCUUCUGAACCUGGACCUGGGACCCCCAGUGAAUGUUCCUCAAGUGUCCUCCAUGCAGAUGGGUGCUGUGGACCUCCUGGGAGGAGGGCUGGACAGCUUGCUUGGCAGUGACCUUGGCGGGGGCAUUGGAGGAAGCCCGGCAGUGGGCCAGACCUACAUUCCCUCCUCCGUCCCAGCCACCUUCGCCCCUUCGCCCACCCCAGCAGUGGUGAGCAGUGGACUCAACGAUCUCUUCGAGCUCUCGUCUGGUAUAGGCAUGGCUCCUGGAGGAUAUGUGGCUCCAAAGUCUGUUUGGUUGCCUGCAGUGAAGGCUAAAGGACUGGAGAUCUCAGGCACAUUCAGUCACAGGCAGGGACACAUCUACAUGGAGAUGAACUUCACCAAUAAGGCUUUGCAGCACAUGACCGACUUUGCCAUUCAGUUCAAUAAGAACAGCUUCGGAGUCAUCCCGAGCACCCCCUUGGCCAUUCACACACCUCUGAUGCCAAACCAAAGUAUUGAUGUCUCCCUGCCCCUCAACACCCUGGGACCAGUCAUGAAAAUGGAGCCUCUGAACAACCUCCAGGUGGCUGUGAAAAACAACAUUGAUGUCUUUUACUUCAGCUGCCUGAUUCCUCUUAACGUACUUUUCGUAGAGGAUGGAAAAAUGGAGCGCCAGGUCUUCCUUGCAACCUGGAAAGAUAUUCCAAAUGAAAAUGAGCUUCAGUUCCAGAUUAAAGACUGUCACCUGAAUGCCGACACCGUCUCCAGCAAACUGCAGAACAACAAUGUCUACACCAUCGCCAAGAGGAAUGUGGAGGGUCAGGACAUGCUCUAUCAGUCUCUGAAACUCACCAACGGCAUCUGGAUCUUGGCCGAGCUUCGCAUUCAGCCGGGGAACCCGAACUACACGCUCUCCCUGAAGUGCCGAGCUCCCGAAGUGUCCCAGUACAUCUACCAGGCCUACGAUGCCAUCUUGAAAAACUAACAGGACAUCAGCCUGUGCCUCACCCUGCAGAAGGAGCGGGGAGAAAGGGGUCCCCAAAUCCUCCUUCACCACUGGCGCGGGGAAAAGCACUCUUAACUGGAAGCAGCUGUAUUCAUGUGUAGGAUUUCAGUCAAAGGCACUGAUUAAACAAGGUAGCAAUUAGUAUCCACGUGCUAACGAUGAUAGGGAACAAAACCCCUUUGAUAUUUUUAGCGUCCAUGGAGUUUGUAACCACUGCUUCAACUACUCUCACGUCCCCCUCUCCCCUCACUCGUCCGUUCUUGUGGGCUUCUCCAUUUUGUGCCAAUGUUCAGUGUUUUCUAAAUGGCUUUAGGCGUAGUUAUGAUUUUGUAAAAUACCGCUCAUUGAAAGAAAAAACAAAACAAACCACACGUCAGCUCAUUAAAAGAAGGCAAGAGUGUUGAAAACAUACACUGCACUUUAUUUUAUAUUUUUAUACAUUUUUUUUGAGUUUUUCUAUUGUAAUUGGCUUAAAGGGAAGGUGAUUCCAAGGAAGUAUUGGGAGCCCUGCAGGGACGUCAGGCUCUAGCAGGGUGAGUGUGGCCUCGGGGAAGCAGGAACAGAGCCAUCGCUUCGCUCCGUGGAGGCGGAUGGAGCCCUAAAGAGAGGGGUUUUUUUAAUUACACUUGUGCUGGCAGACUCAGCUCUGCUUUUGAUGGUGUGUUUUCACUCCGACCAUCUCCCUGGCUCAUUAGCUGCUGAUCUGAGAAGCGAAGCUGCUCUUGCGUGGGGAGGAGCAAGGUUGGUAAUGGGAUGGGAGCGGAUGGAACGAAGGAAACAAGCCCCCUCCUAGAGCAGAAGGCUCUUGCCAGAGCUCCAGGUGUGCUCUCUGCAUCCUCACCCAUCUGCAGCCCCUCUUCUUGUUCUUUCCAUGCCUGCUAUGGCCAGACUGCCUUCUCAGCCGUCCCCGAGCUGUGCCAGUUCCCCCAGUGCUGUGCUGAUCCCCGGGGCUGCUGGUGGUAAAUCCGAACAUGGCAGUGCCGCUUUUCCGCCGGGGCUGUGGGCAUCAGCCGUGUCCUUGUGGAGAGGCACUGCUGCUGGAGUGUCCUGGGGAGCAGGGUGGCUCUCCCUGUUCCACUGCUGCCCCCUAAACCCGUGGCUGUGGCACCAUGGGGGAUGGUUUGGGUUUGGUGGUGCUUGCACCCUUCCCGGGGACUUCAGGUCCCAGCUGGGCUGAGAGUCGAGCAGGUCGUGGAAGCGUUUUUUCCAUUUGCAGCUUGGUGAAUGGUAACAGGCCAGUUCUUGCUCUUACCCCCUGUCCCGAGCAGCCCCUGGUCCCUCAUUUCCUACCUGUCCUUAGGGCCAGGACCGUUCCCCUGCCAGUCCAUGCCUGUGGACUCGCCACAUUGCAACCACUAAGUGCUGUGACAGCAGCAGUGAAAGCAAAGCCUCUUGCAUGUCCUUGCUCCAUCCAUAGCUUGUCCUGCUUAAACCAAGCCACUAACCAGAGCAGCUUUGCCCUCCCCAGCAUGCUUUGACACCACCUCCUCCCCAGCAAGCAAAGCUCUUCUGCAUAGCAACCCCCAUGUUGUCUUCUUAGAUGCCACAUUUAAAGUCAGUAAAUGUUUUAUGGUGGGAGAUGGUUCAUCAAGGCUUUGGCGCUGGCUGCAACCAAGAAGCCAGUGCUGGGAAAAGGUCACAGUGCCCUGAGAGAGACUCGAGCAGGGCAUGGGAGCUGUGGGACCCUGAGGAAGGUGAGGUCUCUCUGUAGGAACCCCUGUGCUCUGGCUGGGGAAAAGUAGGGCAGAGCUGGAGCAAUCCAUCCCUUGAGCCCUGCCCAUGUGUGCUGGGAGGUGAUUUGCCCCAGGAACUUGCAGGGGUCACCACAAAAAUCAUUAACAGAGCCAUUAAUGAAGCACUGGCGGCACUGAGUGUGAUGCUGUGUUGGGGCAGGGGGAGAUGUUAGAGGGUCCGGGAGCAAACACUGAAGCCUCCCUCCACUAAACAGCUGGUGUAGCUUCGAUGCAGGGAGGGGAUGCUGAGCAUCCCCUUCUCUUGCCAAAUUCCUUCCCAGCUUUUCGGGCGUGUGGGUGUCUCUGUGCUGCAGGGCAGGGCCAGGGCCCGGUCGGUGGCGUUUCACCCUCCUCUCCCACCAUGCCGCUCGUUCGAGUGUUCGCGUAUUUGUGUUGCUCUUCAGGCUUUACCUGCCGUCUGUGUCAAUAAACUCAUUUCCAUGA